AUGGUCACCAAAUCGAUCCUCAAAGGCAGUUCAAACAUUCCAGACGGCUUCCGGCAAAUACAUCCAGAAACUUUCUCGAGAAAGCCCAAGAGCCAGAAAAAAAUAAAGCAGAUCGGAUCUCCAGGUACUAGUCACAUAUCCGAGAAUCUCUCGUCAUUAGCUGAACCCAAGAAGAGACCAAUCGUGAACAUGGACGACAGUCACUGGAAAGUGAAGAAUUCCACGUUGAAAUACAAGGCUACGAAGAGGAUAAGGUCUCUUGCGCGACCAAAGGCAGUCACGCCAAAAUGUAGAGAAUUAGUCGGAACAGCUAAUACGUCGAUUUCUUCGGUUAGUCCCAGUGCUUUGAAGUAUCAACCGACUUCAAGGAUUAUAGAGUUGGCUAGACCGAAGGACUGGAUGUAUUAUGAGAAAUAUGAAUAG